UGAUAUAUUAUACAAAUUAUAAGAAGUUAAUAAGAAUAACUCACAAACACUCGUGACUUUUUUUUGUAUCCAUAAUUUGAUUUACUUUGACUGUCUGUAAAUCUAUAUUUAAAUUAUCUAUUUAUAUAUAUCGUUUUUACAUCACUCUACACAUCUAUCUCAAUAUUCUCGUUAUCUACAAUUUUAAGAAUCACUUCCAUUCGCAAUCUAUUUCUGACAUCGGUAAAGUUUUACGCAAUUUAAAAAAAAAAACUAACUACUUAGAUUUAAAAAAAAGGUGCAACGUCUUACAAUGAAGAACCACACGACUUUAUGUAUACUCCAACUGAUAAUUUCAUCUGUCUUUCUCGUAAAAAUAAGUUUUGGAGGAGUAACUCAAGCUUGCUUAGACGAAAUUAUUAAAGCAAAUAUCAUGCUUAAAGCUUUAACAGUAACGAAGACCGAUACAAAUUGGAACGGAAAACUCAAGGAACACGAGUUAAGACGAUAUGACUUCGAUUUCAAAAAUCUUAUACCAAAAGAAGACAAAAUUGAGGAGAUUACUAAUCGUUUGGUUAAAGAUUGUCAGGGAAAAAGAAUAUUUGCUAGGACUCUUAUCCCAACUGAAAAUGAACCCGCAUUGGAUAGAUUAAACAGAGAAUCGAAAAUUCAAAAAGUUGCGGGUUUCAACAAUAACCUAUUUAAAAGACUCGAUACAGAUAUACGGAAUUUGAAUAUGAAGGAUCGUAGAAAACUAUACUCCGAGGAAAUUAAUAAUAAAAAAAAAAGGCAAAGGCCGGCAGAUAAAAUCGAGUACGAUAGUGCCGUGGCAGAACGCAAAGAAGUAUUAUAUGAUUACAUAAAUAAAGAAAUGGGAAAUAGAAAAAAUAUACAAAUGUGUAAACCGGAUUCAACGAAAUGCAUAUUGCUGGGUUUACGAAAAACUUUAGACGCACUACCAGAUUGGUUCAAUUAUACAGCUAAAUGUGAUGGGGACAUUUGUCGGAUUAGUAUGAAACAACAUUGUGAGAAGACAAUCACGAUUUCUUCUGACUACAUCGAUGAAAAUAAUAGUGAUGGCGAAUAUGAGCCAAUCGAAUUGACUACAGGCGAGGCCAGCACAUCAGAGAUAACAGAAGGUAAUUAUGUAAUACAAUGGAUACAUUACAGAUGAUUUGUCUGAAUUAAUCACAUUUUUGCACCCCUUUUGUACGGAAGAGUAGGAUAUUUGUUUCUUGCAUUGUAACACUAAAAGUUUAUUUAAUUUAAAUAUUUUAUGUAAAUCAAGAAUUUAUGUUUUAACAUUUAACAUGUUUAAAUAAUAAUAAGAAUUAAAUAGUUAAGAUCAUUUUUAGCUUCGAUGCAGAGCAGCAAAGGGGUUGUUUUUUUUUAUAAUAUUAAAAUAAAGCUGCAUUAUGAAAGAUUGUUUGUUCUUCG